AUGAGCGGCGGAAGCAGACGGUCGAUUAGUUCGGCCGACAAUUCCCAAAACCAAAAAACCUCAAUUUUAACAUUAUCGGUGCUGGGACUGAGUGGUACUGAUUCACAAAAAGGUGCAGUUGGAGUGGGGAAGUCAGUGUUUUGUAAUCGACUGGUCAGACCACAUUACAAUGACUUUAACACCGAACAUGUCAGCUAUUUGUCACAGGUAUGGGAACACAAAUUCAACUUUUGAGGAUUUUAAUACUAAAAACUUUAGGUUCAAAAAAUGUUUUUCACUUUUUUUUUGUGCAGCCUGCGCAUUGGUGAAAAGUCUCGGGCGCAAGCUGAAAAUAAUUAAAGCAAAAAAUUGUCAAAAUUUUUAAGCUUUUAAGUAAAACCAUAUUAUGUUUAAAAUAAGCUUAAUUUUAGGCCGAUUUCAACUGUUCGUCAGUAAUAAACGGCAAUCACUGGUUAUAUUGGGGCGAAGUUGAUCUGGACCGAAGUGAUUAUGCUGGGCCGAGUAAUCGAAUUCGUGUAAUUGAACAAACAACGUUUCUGAAUGACGAAACUUUUGAACCUCAUCCUUCUCGUAUUCCGGAUUACUGUAAUCGAGCCGUGCGGACCGAGCUGGAAUCCAAAGGAAAACUCAUGUAUAUAUGUCGGGUAGGAUAAUAUAUCGUAUUUUUUCGGUGGGUUAGUAAAAAAUAUUAAAAACUUUUGGUUAGAAAUGACUUACAUGGUGUUUUAUACGAUUCCUGAUAAUUUUUACCUUGUUUUAUUUUUUAGUUUUUAUCAAAACUUGAGAUUUAAAUUUUAUACACUGCAACGAUUUGAUCUUAAUGUUAAGAUUAAAAUUUUGAAAUCAACGAAUAACUCUUUGUUUCAGGAUCAAUUAGGCCAGGAAUCUGAUUUUGUGUGCCACGAACUUCAAAAUGGCAAAGCAAAAGUUGACGCCUUUGCCAUAAUGUACGAUGUUUCCUAUGUUGAUGGUCGAAUGAUGCCGUUUCAGACGGAGAAAGUGACAGAACUUGUUAAUUUAUGUUUGAAAACAAAGAAGCCGGUGUUUUUAUUGGCUUCCAAGUGUGAUAAACAAGAUCCGAACGGAAUGAGCGAGUUCAGAAAGUUGUGUUCGAAGAAGGAAUUCGCCAAAACUUCGAACUUUCAUUGGGUAAAUUCGGAAUUUUUUAAACUUUGAGGGCAGUAAAGAGCUUUUCUGCUUAUGUUAAGCAUAGUUUUUAGUUUAUUUUGAUUUUAUGGUUAAGAAGAUUAUAGAAGACUUUUAAGAAGUAUUUACAACAAUAAUUUACUUGAUUUUAUAAAGGCUUCCUAAAAUAUUUUACGUUUUUGUUGUAAUUUUACUGAUAUUUGACAAUUUAGGCAGAAAUCAGUGCGUUUGAUAAUGUUAACGUAGCGGACUUUCUAUAUUUACUGGCCCAAACAGUUGAUAAAGUGAAGAACAAGCUCAAUAUGUCAAUGUUUGUGGAUUCAGAACGUCUGAGAACACGUCGAUUAACUGCUGUUAGGUAAAUUAUAUUGUUCCAGCUUUAAAGGGCAUUAAAAAGACUUGAUUAUUUUGGUAUAUAAUUUAAAUUUUUCUAACAAAAUCACGAUUAAUUAGGUAUAAAACAUGUUUGAGAUGAUUUUUGAAGGUUUCCUCGUGCUUUUGAGUAUAAAACGGUAAAAUUUGAAAAGAUGUUUGAUGGGUAAUCUUUCAAAAGCAAUUGGAGAAAAGCAAAGGCUUUGACGUCAUCAGCUCUUAAUGAGUUGGAUAACUGCAGAUCCACGGAAACACUUUGCACGCAUAAUUAAAUUUCAAUUGCUUUUUUGGAUUUAAAAAUAAAAGCCAAAAACCAAAAAAAAGAAUUUUUUAAAUAUUUUUUAAAAGAUUUAUGUUUUUAAAUUUAAAUUUUAAAAGGUUGGGCAGCAAUCAGGGCCGGGCGCGAGGGGGGGGACGGGGGGACGGGGGGGUACAGAAAAAAAAAUUUUUUGAAAAAAGUUGAACGUGGUCCCCCCUGCGGAUUUUCGGAAAAAAAAAUUUCGCAAAAAAUCGGCUCACCUGUGCUGAUUUUUUUGGACCCCCGCCCCCAGACCAAAAGUCCCCUCCCGGCCCUGGCAGCAAUAACAAUAUACAUGAAAAAAAAUUAUUUUGCUAUUUUAAUCGUUAUUUUAUAUUAUACUUGAUUCUACUGCACUUUUAGUGCCGACUUUAACGACCUUCUCCACCAACUAGUGCCUCGUGAAGACUUCCCCUCUCAACAAGGCCAACUGAGUUGGGAGGUUCUUUUAACUGACUUCGGAGUCAACUGUCAUCCUGCCUACAUUGCGUAUGUAGCCGAGUAUGGUGCUCGUUCCGCAGCAUCACAGUUCGAAGAGCAUUGUCGCGUACUGCGGGAGUGGUGGUUGGAACGAGAGCUGAAUGAGCGAUUACCUGUGCUGCGGGACGUGUUGAGGCGAAUGUUCGGAAGGUCAUACAUGUGCCAAACCAACUGGGAACAGCUGAGGACCGAGUUGGAGGCCCAUCCCCACUUCCCCACCUAUUUCCAACCGCUGGGCCGAAGUGUUGGUAAGUUUGUUGACUUUUUUUGAUUUGAUUAUUUAUGUCUUCUUAUUCUUCACUUUCACGGCCUUGCAGCCACACGUUUUGCAAGAGGGAUUGGAAUUAGGUGUUUAUAUUGUGAUAAAGAACGGUGGAGAUAUGUGUUUAUAUUUUGAAAAGAUAAGCUGUAGAUAUUUGUUAAUGUUGUGAUAAGAAAGAAUGGGAUUAAGUGUUUAUCUUAUGACAAGUUUGGAAUUUGGUGUUUACUCUAAAUGAAAGAAGGCAUUUCUUAGGUUUAAGUAUUUACUGUUCGGGAUAUGUUGUUGUUUAUAAGGUCGACAAUAUUUAUUGUUUGAUAAUUUUCAAGAAUUUUUGAAAAAAAUGCACUUUUAAUUGUUAAAUCAGCCUUGUUUUUCUUCAUUUUUUGAAAUUUUUCUAUAUUACUCAAUACCAUCGGAUAAAAUAUCACAGGAUAAGUAGUAUAGGUUAAAGAAUGGUGCUCGUAGCCUGUCGCUUUAGAGAAAUACCUUCACUUUCUAAAAUUUUUGAAAUUUUUAGAGCGCUACAAACGUCGUUCCGAAGUAGAUGAUCGUAUUCCAAGCGAGGUUUUGCAGAAGCCUGAAGCUCGAGACUUAUUUCACGAAUACCAACGUGAACUUUUGGAUGAAAUUGCACUAGAAAGACAGGCUGACAAAUUUCGAAAACUUUUGGAGACGAAAGACGCUGUAACUCCAGGAAGAACGUAUUCUGAUGCCAAGGUAAUGUGUCAUGAGAUUACCGAGUUUGAGAAUGCGUUACCGCCGGAGAAUGCACGGUACAUCUACGAAGAUUAUCAGGUAGGGAGAGGUAGUAUAUGUGUAGGGUGGAUAAUAUAAAUAAUGAUGGGUAAUAUGAAUCUUAAUGGAUAAUAUAGAUAUUGAUGACAUAAUUGACGGAAAAAUUUUGUAUAAUGUCUUUGGAAUUCAUAAACUUAUUUUACUUAAACAAUCUUUUAAAAACUUAUCAAAAACAAUUAAAAUUUUAAUUUUGAAAUUUCAGAAAGAUUUGAAGAAAAAAGCUCAAUUGGACUUCAACGAGUUAUUGUUGGAGAAUAUCAGCACUUUUGUCGAUUUGAUUGUGGAAUGGAGGACGAAGCAACUUCACGAUCCGAAUCGGAUCAGUUGCUUGAGUGAACGAGAGUUCAACAUUAUCUGUAGCUCGUUGAUUGAAGAUAAAAGGUAAUUUUAGUUUUUAUAUAUUAUGGAGCUUUACUAUUUCUUGCUUUAUUUUUCUCUACUUUUUACAGCCUUACUCUAUAUCACUAACUCUACAUUGCCCUUAUCUGUCUUCAAUUAUUUUAUUAUCUUUUAAUUUUCUAGUAAAGCUUUAUCUUAUCCUACUUUGCUUGACUAUAAAGAAAGUAAGUAUAAAGUUUAAUUUGUAGGUAUCGCGACAUGAGUGGACUAGCCGACAAACGCCGUGAAUUGAUCUCAAAAAUGGCUAACUUUGUGUCCAUGCCUCUAACUUGUUUUUGUUUAGCUGGAGACAAGUGUGCCGAUGUUAUCAUCUCUCAAAUGGUAGCUGACAUUAGGUAAAUCUUCUGCUAUUUUAAAAUGAGUUUUCUGAUUUUUUUUUGGAAAAGUUGAACUGGGGAGGAUAUUGUUUUUUGUGUUACUAUUUUUACUUUAGGAUGCGCUUACAGUUAGAGGACUACUUUUUUGAACAUCAUAACUUACCUUAUUUCAGAUACGACGCCAACGCCUUCUGUUCGAUUGAAGCUGAUCUCUUUGGUGAAUCAGACCUGGUCAACAAGUUCAUGUGGGCUUUGAACUCAGUUCUACCAGCUGACAAACUUUAUCAUCAAAACGAUCGUGUCGCCAAACUUAAUAUUCAUCCAGCGAAUCGAAGGAGAAGUGUUCAGAACAAUCGUGUCAGGACCCCGAUAUGUUUGAUCGAUUCUGCCAAAACUUGUCAUCAACUUCUGAGUGAAUCUGAGGAAUUAUUCAAGUUCGGGCCAAGUCCAUUGUUUGUUCUGAUUCCGAAUAAAAGUAACAAAGACAUAUCUGAUGGUCUGGAGAGGAUGGGUACUCAAUUGGCAGAUCGAUUUCAUGGAGUUUACAUUGGAGUGAAGGAUCUGGAGGAUGACAUCAUGAACAAUGACAUGAAUGGCAGCAGGUUUGAGUGGGUUUUCAAUUUUUUAUUGGUUUUUAAGGACUGGAAUUUAAAUCUUUGAUUAUUUAAAUUUGAAAAAAUUAAAUUUUAAAUUUUUUUUUAGUACCACUUUUAUAUUAUUGUCAUUUUCAGUACAAACCAACUAGACCAAGUUCUCCACGAGCUCUGCCUCGGCCAAAUGGGUACCAACUACACUGAUAUGAAAGUACGAGUAUCCUUCCUAUGUGACGACUCUCUAUCAAUGCAACAAGUCCUAACCCCCCUCCUUGAUCAAGUCGUCCAAACCGAUGAUUCCGGAGGCAGUUUCUGUUUAGAUGUGUCAUUGUCAAACGAACCUCUGAACGUGAGAGUUGGCUUUCAAUGUGGAUCGUAUCAUCAUUGGAUGUUGUCGAAAUGGCAGUUGAACACUUACAAUGGUCAUAUCUUGGUCUACAGUCCGAAUAGAAUGGCAUCGUGGAAGCAUGCGGAGACGUCGAUUCAACUUCUUCUGGAUGCUUCUGCUUAUUCAGUGCCAUCUCCAUCGAAUCUGUUGGAGAGGCAGAACAUGGCCAGGAGUAUUAUGUUGAUCGCGGUGGAUGAACCGAGCAGUUAUUUCAAGGAUAAGGUAAAAUUAAAAUUGGUUUUUUAAAUUCAAAAUAUUUUUUGAAUUUUGAAUAGGUUUUUUAAUUUUAAAAUAACUUUCGAGCUUUUGAUAGUACAAAUUAAACGUUUUAUUCCAUUUUUUAGUUACUUGAGGUCAUUUUUGAUACUAUUCUUAUAUUUAACAUACAUUAAUUUAUCUUAUUUUAGGACUCGAGCCAUUUGUUAGCUGAAGGAGCACGAUUGGCAGAAAAGAUCGGUUGUAAAUUCAUGGUAAUCUCAUCUUCAAUGCCACAAACAGCUCAAUUCCAAUUCUACAACGACUACUUUUCUCAACUGAUUCGGCUGCCGGCAUUACCAGAUGCUACCUACACUGUGUGUUCUCAGAAUCCGGCAUUAUUUGUUACUAAAAGGUAAGAAACAGGGUUUGGGUAACAUCGUUUUGGUUAGAAAAAAGGAAGAUUUUUAUUUUUUAAUAGCUUGUCAAUUAAAAUGUAGUUAUUUUACACUGUUCCUAAGUCGCUUUUAGAUGUUUUGAAUUGAAAACGGCUUUCUACAGUAAUAUAAUUGAGUUUUUAUUACUUCAAAGUCCUCAAUAACUCCAACAAAGAACCAAACUUUUUAUAUUAUUCAUGUUCCUUCGAACAUAAUUGCCGGAAAUGGAUUUGACGGUGGGGUUUGAUAUGUUGUUCAUGGCCUGGAUUCACCUCCAGUCUUUGGGAAAGCCUUUGGUUGCGUGGCGUUUCCUUUCCGGUCGAAAAAGAGGCAAAAGGGCAGGGGCCCUGAGGGCUUGGAGACUAGAAACCCCACGGAACAGCUGGGAUUCUGCCGGGCGCCGCGCUCCAACCCCCCUCCGAAAACACAUUCCCAUUUUUGGUUUUAUAUUCACUGGCAUUAUAUGGCAAAUCAAGGCGUUUUUUCUUGUCCAUAUUAUGUCUUCUUGGGGCCGAGGGCCGCGGGCCUUCAUAAUUCGUAUCGUCAUGACAUUCUUCGUGUCUUAUAGUUUGUCAUAUGGCUAGUUGCGGUAUUUUUACCGUUUUCUUGAGUUUGGGCUUUGGAAUUUUAAUAUGCUUUUUAGUAGUUACUUUUAAAAGCACGAUACAGGUAGUUGUUCUUUUAAAAAAUAUAAUACAAAUAGUGGUUACUUAAAAAAGAAUGAUACAGUUUGAAAUUUUUUAAAAUGGCUGAAUUUCUUGUCGUUUUUGAAAGUCGAAACCAACGUUUAUAUGCGACCAGAAGAAUAUUUUUGGCACUAUUAUUAGUAGAAAUGACUUUUGGCAGGUUUUCUAGCUUCUUCGGUGGUAAUACUUGGUCUAGCCUAGUCCAAAACGCUUUAGAAAAGAUUUUGGUCCAGCCUGGUCUAACAAGGGAAGUGUCUCACCUCAUUCCGGAGAAAUGAAUGGAGACUAGGCUCAUUUGAAAGCCUAUUUGAAUAAAAAUUCAACAAAAAAAAUUUAGCUGCCGAAUAAGCCCCUGAGGCAAGUUAUGACGAUUUAAAAAUUUGCAGUGCUUUCCUUGGUUUGAGUUUGAAAACGAUUAGGAGCGAGAAAGAAAACAAGGGCAACCGAUGAUUCGGUGGUUCAGUGGUUAGGUGUUGGGUUUAGGGGUAAAAGGGUUCGAUCCCUGCCAAUUCGUUUUGCUUUAACAGCUUCCAAAAAAAUUUUUUUUGUUUUUUAUACUAUACAACAGUCAACAGGCUAGUUUUAAUCAUUUGAAUACAAAAAUUAAGCAAUUUGACAAAUUAUUAAACUUUAAAAUUUUUUGAAAAUUUUUUAUGUUUUGGAAAAAAGUUGAGCAACCUAUCACCUGGAAUAACGAAACCAACAGCAAAAGUAACUUUAUUUUCCCUGCCUUCAGAAAAUUUAACAGCUUCGGCGUCAUUGUAAGACAGCUGAUAAUCAGGGAAGUGACGAAUGUCAUCAGUCUUGAAUAUGUCAAACCAAUCACCAUUGGUGCGUCUACUCAAUAUAUUCAUAUUGGAAAAAUUUUCAAAAAAUUUUAAAGUUUAAUAAUUUGUCAAAUUGCUUAAUUUUUGUAUUCAAAUGAUUAAAACUAGCCUGUUGACUGUUGUAUAGUGUAAAAAACAAAAAAAAAUUUUUGGAAGCUGUUAAAGCAAAACGAAUUGGCAGGAAUCGAACCCUUAUCCUUUUACCCCUAAACCCAACACCUAACCACCGAAUCAUCGGUUGCCCUUGUUUUCUUUCUCGCUCCCAAUCGUUUUCAAACUCAAACCAAGGAAAGCACUGCAAAUUUUUAAACCGUCAUAACUUGCCUCAGGGGCUUAUUCGGCAGCUAAAUUUUUUUUGUUGAAUUUGUAUUCAAAUAGGCUUUCAAAUGAGCCUAGUCUCGAUUCAUAUCUCCGGAAUGAGGUGAGACACUUCCCUUGUAAGAGGGUAGUCAAAAUGGCUAUUCACCGUAAGGUAAUCACGUUUUCUGCAAAAGACAUGGUUGCAUUGUCUUAAAAAAUAGGUCUAAAUAGGUUCACUUGGCCUAUUUUACAAUUUUUGAACGAUUUACCACCGCAGUAAAUACUAAAUUUACUGUAGUAUUAAUGUUUAUUUUCAAAAAUUACGAUAGUAAUAAUGUUCACUUCUGAAAAUUACUGUUAUUAUGCCAUCCAUUCACACAAAUUUUACUUGUUUUCGAAUUCUGACUCUUUGGCCAUACGUACGACUUUGCGUACGCCUUAAAAUAGCUUUUUCUUUGUUACAUGUUCAAAAAUAGCUUUUUUCAACAUACAUUGUUAACAUUCUCUUUUUUGCUCCCACUCAUGUUAUACCAAGUUAUUACGUGGUUUUUGAGUUUUACGUUCUGUGGUACUUGUCUUUUAGGAAAAACAUAUUAAAAUUUAUUUUUACAUUUUGACUGAACCGUUAAGUUUUAUAUUUUUAUGCUUAAAUUACAGCCAAACAUAAAUUUUAAGGUUUUAAAAGUCUUGUCGUUUUUUAACGAUCAAUUCAAUACAAAUUAAAAACAAUACUUUUAGAAAUCCUAAUAAUUUAAAAUUCUAUUAAGAAUUGCGUUCGAAACCUAAAAACUUGUUUUCGGAAUGUUUUCAACUUGCGACAAUAUGGUUAAUUACACUUUACGUAAUGUCAAAGGAUGUGACGCAGAUUUGCAAAGAACGGCCCGAUACUACAAUUACUCCGCACUUUUUUUGUUCAGUUGCGUGCUGUUCAGCACGGAAUGCAAUAUCCGGUCGUGUAGCUGCAUGGGGGUGACUUUUGUAAUCGGUUUUUUACACUUUUGUACACGAGUUUACGAAUGGUUGUAUAUAAAUGUUAAAAAGUGUUUAAAAAAUGGAAAAAAUUCUAAAAAUAGGGUAUAUUGAAUUUGGUUUUUACAACUUUUGAGGUUUUUGGUUAAAAAUAACGGUUUUUGCAGCGAUUGUAAAGUUUUCCAAGGCAAUUCAUUAGUUUUUAAAGCCAUUUUAAACUUAAAAGUGAGGGUGAAAAGGCUGUAACAGGUGUUCUUUGUACCAAUUCUAAUAAGGUGUUACCAAAGGUGUGGUGAAUAAUAUACGAUGUCUCAACUCAUGUGAAAAAAAUUCUUUUUUUUUGAUUACAAACUUCAAGUUUUGCACUGAGAAUAUUGAGUUUUUAUCGUUCUUCUUUGAUGAAUCUCUUGAUUAAUGCUGAAUUUUUUAAUAUAAAUCUAGAUUUAAGCUUAAGGCUUAUAUUCAACUCAAUUUUAAACUUCUUCCAUUCUAUUAAUGGUAAUAGCUUAUCCUCCGGCAAUUCCUCCAAUCUUUAGCAUGAAAAAACGACAAAUUCUUAAUUGGAGCGCGAGUAUUAUGUGCUGAAAAACAACGGUGCAGACGGUUGUAUUGUGGUUGUUUUGAGGGAUUAAGGGAUCGCGAGACACGUGGGAGGAAAUAGGAUGCCCUGGGGCAUAAAACCCACUAUAAUGUUCGGUAAAACGAGGCUCAAAUUAAAAAAAACGGAACGGCCGAAAGGUUUUGUACAAAGCUUUUUGUAGGUAGUGUUGUGAGGAGAUAGUGAGUUGAUUUGAUUUUGCGGUCAAAAAUUGUGUGGAAUGGCCUGAAACGAAAUGUGAAGACGUAAAAAAGUGUCGUCUUGAAUUUGCUUUUGAUAUCGUUAGCCUUUCUUACAAAAAGAUCUCUUACUGAUAGACAAAAAUAUUAAAAUUGGUGGCAAGAAUACCAAUCUUGUAGCCAAACUUUGUAGCCACAACUGAUUCUAAAAUGUUUUCUGUCACGCUCUAGUUUGUCGGCUUUAUUUGUGGCCUGACGCCGAGUAUUUACGCAAAAAUUACUUGUUUUUAUUGUUAUGAUUGUCUUAAAAUGGCACAGACGGUUUCUGUCGCUUUAAAUAUUGUCAUAAUAAGAAUGUUGGUGUGAAGAGGCUGUAUUAGCUUUUGGCUAACGUCUAGUGUACAGGGUGCGACAAAAGUCCCCGGACAAACUUUUUUGUAUAUAUUAAGAAAAUUUUUUGAUCAAGCAUCUCUAGCUAGAGUAUUUGAGAUUUGGAGCAACUUGUUGUGGAGGGGUUGAGCUUUGGGUUAAAUAGUUGGGGAAGCUAGAGGAAGGGUGUUUUUAGUUGUGUUUUACUCGACAUCUUAUUCUUGCGAUUUAUCUUCUACUUUUUUAUUUCAUAUCGCUUGUAUUAAUACAAAAGUUUUGUCGUUUUUGAACUUUCAAAACACAGCAAAUUGACGACAAGACUUUUCUGACACUAAUAUUAUAAUACCACAAAUUAGUCAUGAUUUCGUCUCAAUUAGCACAAAACAUGCUUAAAACCCCUUCUCUGAUUCCAUCUUGACGUGCAUCUGUUGUGGCCAAACGUCUCAAUUCGCUUAAUUCGGUUAGUCACCACCAUGCCUCGAGGGCGUUUAAUCAUAAUGCGAAACUAAUUACUUAUGCCUGAUUAUUUAUUCGCCAAACAUUUGUUUUAGAGAUUUUUAAAUUAAAAUUCGGUGUUGUCCCGGGAACGCUGCGCGAAGUGGUUGGGCCGCUUCGCUCCCCAACUGGCAUUACUGCGCCCCACUGACCGCCGAAAGUAAUUUUCCUGUUUCCGACAAAGCCAUUAAAUUUUAAAGGCCUUUAAUUAGAUGUUGAUGAUUGCAUUACAAGGAAACUGUUUUUGGGGUUCUAUUUUGGCGAAGGGGUGAUAGGAUGGUGCACAAGUUUGGGGAAUUUCUUUUCAUUUUUUGUCGGUAAUUGCUGAUUUUUAUGUACCACAACGUCCUAUAUUAACUUCUUAAGCUUAAAUGGAUGUUACUUUGUAUGAUCAGUCUUCCUGAUGGGGCAGGGUGUUUGAUCCUGGGAUGGUUAAUGUAGUUUUUUGUGUUUUAAAAGGCCUCUCAUAUGGCGCUUUUUAGUUUUUCGGCAAAAAUUAACAAAUGAAAGUCUUCUUUUCAAACUUUUUUAGUUCCAAAGAAAAAGUCGCUUUUGGGCACGGUAGAUCGAUUUUAAGGUUUUACCUGUUUUUUGGUGUGGUGGCUUAUUUUUAGGCUUAGAUCGAUGUUUUAAUCUCUAAAAUAUGGUUUCGUUUUUGUGCACUAACCUAACCUUCUAUUCCUUCUACUUUAUCAUAUUCUAUCUUACUUUACUGUGUUUUGUUUUCUUUUUCUACCGACCAUUGAUUUUGCAUACCUUUUGCCAUUUUCCUUUAUUUUCCAAUUUUUUUCUCGUAAGUUUCGAAAAAUUGUUUUCCGUCUCGCGCAUUCGGUUCAAACCCUCCGCGAGCAGUCCGGGCCGAGCCCUGUAACUAAAUUUGGGACACAAGUGACAUUUAAGGCUUCAAGGCGUUGUUCCGGCGUCAGGAGUGCGCAGAGAUCCCCGAGAGCCGGGGGCUUUCCCAUUUUCAGGCCUGCGGGGCUUAAGGGGCAUUUUGUCUUUUUCCCUAUCCUGGGGCUUUCUUUCGUCGAAGAUCCUUCUUUUUUGUUUGUUGGGUUUUGUGGCCGGAUUCUGGGGCUUUGUUGGUGAGGAGCUUGAGCUUUCUUCGGUGAAGAUUCGGGGGUUUUCUCUGGUUUUUGAGGAGAUACACUUGAUUUUUGAUGCUUUUUUUAUUGUUAACUUGUCUUUUUGGAUGAGUUGUGGGAAGAAUGAUAAGAACGUUGCAAAAUUCUUUUAAGGAGACUACAUUGAAUCUUUUUAAGUCAUUUUAUGGCCAGUUCAUCAAUAAUUUUGUAUCUUUUCAUCGCUUUCCACCGGUAAUUCUAAGCCUCUACCCUCGCGCAAAACAGGAUCGUAGACUUUUAUGGAAAAGAAUAGGGAAACGAACCCUGAAGGCAGGACGCGGAGCGGGGUGGAGGCGGACGUAUUCAGCCCUCCGGCCUCCUCGACCUGUCCCUUUUUUGUGUUUUCGCGCGACUUCGGACAAUGACUUGGCCUUUUCCCUUAAUUAGAUCGUUUUCUCUGCGUCCAAUUUGCCCACGGGUUCGUUUUACUGGUGACUUUGUCUAUGACAUGUGUGGCCUCUAAUUAUCCACCCCACUCAAUAACGAGCCCAUGAUUUGGGCCCCAAGAAACGGACGGGUAAAGACGCCAAUUACGGCUUAUACCUUUUCGGGAAUUAGCUAAUGAGGAUUGUUGACGGAACUGCUGUUAUAGAUUGUCAUAAACUGAUGGAUUUGGGGUCAUUUCUUUUCGUAAUUAUUUUUUUGGCAGGGUAGUUCUUAAGGCAUUGGGAGGGUACCUAAAGUUCGGUUUUUUUUUCAUUUUUUAAUUAUUGGUUUAUUGUUUAUCUAUUAAAAUAUUUAUUUUUAUUACCCAGUUAAAUACUUUUUUGGAUUUUUCUUUUCCCGCCAAACACCUAUUUCAAAAAAAUUUAAAAACAAACAUUUAAGCCCGUAAUUACCGCAAUCCCUGGUUUCAGACAACCCACGUACCUCAAUCACUCCACAGUCACCGGAUCAGCGUUGACUCUGCUCACGAACUACAGUAGUUCGGGCUCUUCGUCUCUCGUCUCCUCCAACCCAUCAUCGGCCCAAAAUACGACCGCACAGUGUUCGCAGAUCCCUUCGCUGAACCACGAAUUCACCUCCACCUCACCCACGCCUCCAUUGUCGGCACGAUCGACGGAAUCUCGAGCUCAGCCGACGUCUGAAGAGAUGACUAAUCGGCUGCGGAGGCCGUUGUCGGCGAUCGGAAGUCUGAUGAGCGCUUCACAGUCGGCCGAAAAUGGCUCACAGUCGUCGCACGACGAACCUGGAGAUGUGCUGACGACGGAAGGACUCUCCAAGAAUCUCAGGUUUAGUCCGUCAAAGUUUAGAAGGGUAAGGCUUUGAGUAUUUCGGGGUGAAAAUGCUCCCUUCAUCCUCUUCUGGCUAGAUUAAAACUUCUCUUAAAUUUUGAAUUAUAAUAACUUUUUUACCAAAACUUAACUUACAAUAAUAUAACAUAAUACACCACCAAUCUUCCAGUUAUUCCAACGAAACGCCGGCUCCGAAUCCUCGGCUUCGACGGACGAAAAGGCGUCGAAGAAGCAACUGCAACGCUCGUCCACUGUGGAUGGAGGUAAGCGACAGUUAUUUCGGGCGUUUAAUCCUUGCGGAUUAAGCGUGUACUUUCCCGGUUUGUUUCCCUUAUUUUGUCAAGUGUGUGUUGUCAAGUGGUUGUAAAUUUAGUUUCCAAACCGGAAGUGGUGCCGGCGUCCGAGUUGAACGGCUUCACGUCCUACAUCAAGGUGCCGGACAUUAAUGCCAACAACGUCGGAGGGGACAGUCCCAAGCUUGGUGUCAGGAAUCAGAGUCUUGAGGAAAGAGAUCGGAAUCACGAAGGAAGGAAUCAGAACGUUGAGGUGAAGAAUCAGAAGUUUGUAAAUGAUUUGAAUUUUAUCGUUAGCAAUCAAAGUCGAAGCCUCAAAAAUCAACCUUCCGUCAACAAUCAGAAUUCGAAAAAUCAAAAUCCACUCCAGAAGAACCAAAACCUCUCCGUCAAAAGUCUGAAUCUCACUGUAAAGGACUCGAACGUCGACAAUAAUCGUCUGACGGUCAACAAUUUCGAAUUCGACCGAAAACCUCGGAAGCCCCACAAAAGUCAUUCUGUCGAGUCGAUCGGUGACAUUCAGAUGACACCGCGCAUUGAGCAAGUAGCACAGGACGAUGAGAAUCAGAAGCCGAUCGAGCGAGGACGUCAAAGCCGAAUGAAACGCUUCACUCACCGUUGCAAGGAAUUGACUACAAAAGCCAGAAGACGCGGCCAUUCUAUGACUCCACGCAUCAGUAAGUGGUGUUGUAACUCUGUAGUAUAAGGUUGUUACUAUGUGAACAGGUGUAAAUGUUGUUAUUUAGACUUAGUUUCAGGAUCUCCAACCUCAUCGGCUCCACAUUCGCCUUCUGACCUAUCGUACACAAGUGAAUGCAAGAAUGACGAUGAUAUUCCCUCAUUUUUAAGAGUCUGUGUUCAACAUAUUGAAAGGGUAAGUUGAGUUUACAUUGUAAAAGUAUACACUGAAAUAAAAAUGUGAUUAUUUUGAAGUCACGUAUUACUUUUAGGUAACAAAAGUUUCUUUUUUAUUUGAAAAAUGAUUGUUUUGAAGCUGAAAAUUACAAUUUUUAGCAAAAAAAAUUUUAUAGCUUAAAAGCAGCGUACAUCAGCUAAACCUUUACAUUUACAGGUUGGAGGCUUAGACACCGAAGGUCUGUACCGUACAUCUGGAAAUCAAGCCGAAGCCAACGAACUCGAAGCCCAUUUCCGACGUACUGGACAGUUCAAACCCGACGCCGAACUCUCCAGUGCUGUAACAGCUCUCAAGAACUACGUCAACGCCUUUGCCGAGCCUUUGAUCCCUACCCGACUUCACGAAGAGAUCAUCAACAUCUUCUCGGACCGUGACGAUGUCUACGAUUCUCGGCCGUUGGAAACCAAAUCUCUGGAUCGCCUAAGGCGUUUGUUUGAACGAGAACUGCCUCGAGUCAAUGCUCGCACUUUGAUGUUCCUCUGUGCCCAUCUGUGUCGUGUAGCCGACAAUCGUGCUCGGAACCUGAUGCCAACUAGUAAUUUGGCCCUGAUCUGGAGCGCCAGUAUUUUCCGACCAGAACUGACGAGUGUCAGCAAAUCAGCCUCAUUGCUGGCCAGAUACCACGUGGCGUGCUAUUUCUGCAUCAAACAUCAUCACAUCCUGUUCUCUCUUCCUCCAUAA